GGGAUUGGGGAAUUUGUCUGUUACAAAUCUGGGCGAAGCGUGGCCUAGGAAACUCUCUCUAUAUAAACCAUAAGCCAUCUUAGGAUUGGUAUGUCUCACAUUCCUUCACUAUAACAUUUCUUGAAGUUUACUUGUGGACUCUGGUCUCUAACAAUGGCUUCUACUAGUCGGUGCUUGGCCUUUCUCUUUGUUUUGGGACUUUGGGCUUCUCAGGCCUCGUCCCGUUCUGUUCCUGAGGUAUCCAUGUCUGAAAGGUUUGAACAAUGGUUGUCUAGCUAUGGUCGAGUUUACCAGGAUGCAUCCGAGAGGGAGAAGCGUUUCCAGAUAUUCAAGAAAAAUGUGGAGUAUAUCGACUCCCACAAUGCUGAUACCAGCACAAAGUACGAGCUAGGUGUGAAUGAAUUUACAGACUUGACCAAUGAAGAGUUUAAAGCCAUGAGGAAUGGCUAUAAAAUGCGACCUUCCAACAUUAUUGCAUCUUUGAAAACAUCUUCUUUCAGGUAUGAAAAUGUUACUGCUGUUCCAUCUACCAUGGAUUGGAGAACCAAAGGAGCUGUUACCAACAUCAAAGACCAAGGCCAAUGUGGAUGUUGCUGGGCAUUCUCAGCUGUGGCAGCCAUGGAAGGGAUUACCAAGCUCAAAACUGGUAAAUUGAUCUCACUAUCAGAGCAAGAGUUAGUUGAUUGUGAUGUCAGCGGAGAAGACCAAGGCUGCAAUGGUGGCUUCAUGGAUAAUGCUUUUGAAUUUAUCAUUUCAAACAAAGGACUUACAACCGAAUCCAAUUACCCCUACGAAGGAGUAGAUGGAAGCUGCAACAAGAAAAAAGCAGCCAACAGUGCUGCAACGAUCACUAGUUUUGAAGACGUACCUUCAAAUAGUGAGUCAGCACUGUUAAAAGCUGUGGCCAAUCAACCAGUUUCAGUUGCCAUUGAUGCUGGCGAGUCUGACUUCCAGCUCUACAAAAGUGGUGUCUUCACUGGCCAAUGCGGCACCUUCCUAGACCAUGGGGUUACAGCAGUUGGUUAUGGACAAGCUGAUGAUGGGACUAAGUAUUGGUUGGUGAAAAAUUCGUGGGGCACUAGCUGGGGUGAGGAUGGAUACAUUAGAAUGCAGAGAGAUAUUGAUGCUCAAGAAGGUCUUUGCGGUAUUGCAAUGGAAGCCUCUUACCCAACUGCUUGAAGGUAAACACACAAUAUAUUAUGAUGCUGCUCUGCGAAGCAUAAUGGCCCUCCUUUCAGUAUUCUUGUGGACAAAUUAACGGUCCUCAGAAAAACUUAUGUAUGUUCUUAUUAGCUUAUUAUAUGAAACUAUAUGGAAACAAGGCUAAAUAUGCAUAGUUCCAAUAUUAUUGUUCUGUACUUGUUACCUAAUGCCUUGAAAUCAAGAAGAAAAAAAAAAUUCCCUCAUUUCUAUUGUUUCCUUUG